CUGAAACUUUCUCAGUCGGUUCGAUGAUGGCGCGGUGAGCGUCUCACGCGUCGGUCAUGGCGCGUAACAGAUGGACGCUAGCUCUAAUUAUAGUCUGCUUACCUAUCCUAGCGACAGUGAUAACCGCAUUCCGUGUACGCGAUUUACCUAGAAGUGUCGUUGACAGUGCAGACAAGCUUACUAAACAUAGUGUUAAAGAUAGUGCCAAAAGUUACGAGGAACUAAAGAAAGCCGUAAGGGAGAAACAACAACUAAUCAAUCAAAAGGCCAGUGCGAAAUCGGGUCCUGUGUUAAAAAUAGUCAGUGAUAGUGACCUUGAUGAUGAUGAUGAUGACGACAUUUUUGAUAUUUUCAAAAGUAUUAAUGUUGAAAAAUCUAAAGUGAAUUCUAAAUUAAGUAGAACUGGAAAAUCAUCAGAGUCCAAGAAUACAAAACAUCCUACAGAAGAUAAAGUGGAAACAAAAAGGGCAAAUGAAAAAUCAAAACUUUCCUUUGAAGAUAAUAAAGACGAUGACGACGAUGAUGAUGAAGAUGACGAUGAAACUGACUCUCAAUUUGUAAAGAAAAAGCCUACACCUGUUGAAUCGGCUAAAAAAGAAGAUUCGAAGAAAGAUAAAAAGAAAGAAGAUAUAAAAAACAAAGGCAAGCCACAUAUAAAGGUCUACUACAAUGACGAGGACGACGAGGACGACGAUGACGACGACGACGACGACGACGAUGAUGAUAAUGACAAAGGCUUUAAGAAUAAAGUAAAAAUAUCUAUUGAGACAAAUAAAAAAGAUAAUAUAAAGCCAAGCUUAAAGAAAAUGCACUUUAAAGACAAAUCAAACGUAGUUAAAUCAAAGAAAGAUGGCAAGAAUGAUGGCGAUGAUGACGAUGACGGCGACGACGAUGAUGAUGAUGAUGAUGAUGAUAAACAUUUAAAGAAGGACCUAAAAUAUAAGACCUCGAAUUUGACACAAGAAAAAGAUACCGUUGAAAAGAUAGUUCUGAAAAAAUAUACAGAUGCAAACACUUUAAUAAUGGAUGAGAAAACGGUCACCGUAGAUUCUAUUAAAGAAACUAAAUCUAGUGAGCCUAAACUAAAAUCGGCAGAAAUUAAGAAGUCGGAAUCACAAAAAGAAAAACCACUACCUCAAGCUAAAAAAGAAGAUAUUAAACCUAAACUUGAACUCUUAAAAAAAGAGGAACACAAAGAAGAAUCUAAAAAGUAUAAAGAAUCUGUAAUAGACCCUUUCAUGCCUAAAUUAGCUCCAAAACCAGAAGAAGGCAAAAAAGUUCAAAAGAAAUCAGAAGCAAAGAAACCUGAGACAUCUAAGCAUAAAAGCUCUGAAGAGGCCGUUGAAACUUCACAUAAAAAAGAAAAAGAUGGCAAAAAGAAAUCGAAGAAGUUGGACAACGGUGAACCUAAAACGAUUAAUAUUAUUGAUCAAUUAACAGAUAUGUUGUAUCGAAGAAAUAUGUUAGCCAGUGAAUUUGAAGAUUUUUACGCUUUUCUACCAACGUUCGCUCCCAAUUUCUCAAGGAUUCAUAAUCCAGAAUGCAGACGGCAUGGGCAAAUCCUAUUAAGGCAAUUACGCGGGACGAAACUAUGGGCUUUGAAUAUGCUAGACGCGUCAGCAAAGAUUCCCUCGGGUAUCCUUCAAGGCAACGGCAUUCAACUGGGCGACUUCGACCAGUGCCUGGGAAGUCGGGCACGCGUCCAACUGGAGACCGGAAGCGUGGUGAAGGUCCAGGGGAAGUACUGCUUGGCUCGGCUGGACGUGAAGGCAGAGCAUCAAGAUCUGGAGGUGCCGGUGCAUCUGGCUCAGGCCAAAAGCCUGAUCAGGAGCCGGAUAGAUGAUCCAGGUCACUUCGUGCCGCGUUUUUCAACGUUGAGCUGGGGGGUUUGCGUGCCCUCGCCCUGCAACUCCGAGGAUGCCGAGGUUGUUAUCAAGGACUCGGUCAAGCACUACCAGCACACCAGCGGUUUGGUCAUCAGGGUCAAGAUCGAUGAGAGGGACUGUCAUAUCCACGAGUCAUCAUGGGAUGAGUGGUUUGAACUUCCGACAGUUCUGACGUUGUCGUUCUACGCCGUCAUCGUUCUCUUGGUACUCGUGGCCACCGUCCAGGACUAUCUGUCUAGUGGAAACUCUGAGGAGCUGCCAAGCGAAGAUACAGACGACAAGGCCGAGUGUGACCAGGCUGAAGAAGGAGAAAAAGAAAGAGACGAUGCACCUAAAUGUACAGAUAGUUUCCUCAGUUCCUUCUCCCUGUACAACACGCUGAAGAAGCUCACCGCGCCAGGCUCCAACGACGAGAUAUCCUGCAUUCACGGUGUCAGGGGGCUGGCAACUAUCGCCCUGCUGAUCGCCCACAAGUUUUUGCCGGUCGCCGUUACGCCCUACAACAAUCGGUUGAAGAUUACUGAGGUGGUAAGCUCGCCACUAUGGUCGUGGUGCCGCGCCGGCUGGGUAUACACGGACUGCUUCCUGUUGCUGAGCGGCACCCUGACCGCUCACCGCAUGUCGGCUGAUGGCUCAGGCGCGUGGAGGCUGUUUUCGAGAUAUCUCAGAUUGACCCCUGCCCUACUAGCUGUGGUUUUGUUCUAUGCAUACAUCUGGGAUAACAUCUCCACUGGCCCCAUGUGGGGCACCCUCGUCACCAAGAACGCCGAGAUCUGCCAGGAGGGCUGGUGGUGGAAUCUGCUCUAUGUGCAGAACUGGUUCGGUUUCGAAGACAUGUGUGCCCCUCAAACUCACCAGUUGGCUUUGGAUAUGCAGCUCACUAUCAUAGGCGGUAUGAUAGUCUGGGUGAUGCAGGUCAAGCCAGGCGUCUCCAAAUUCCUCCUGCCCACCAUAAUAGGUCUGGCUGCAUACUCCAGAUAUUCCACGGUCAGCGAACAUCGCUUAACUCUGCUGGCCUAUCAUGGCGUGAGUGUCAGCCAACUCUACAGGACAGCCCGUUUAAGCUACACCUCCGUGUAUCACCGCUGCACCCCAUAUCUCAUCGGAAUCAGCUUAGGCAUUGCUUUGCAGAAACCUUCUCAACUCAAUAGGGUCCUCUUAGCCUUGGGUUGGUUGACAAGUGGCGCUCUCUGGAGCCUAGUGUGGUGGGCAGGACUAGAUUCUGGCAACACUCAAUACCGGUACAGCGCUUUGUUCGCCGCAAACUACGCCGCCCUCGCGCCGGUGGCCGCUUCCCUCGCCGUAGCCUGGGUCAUAUACGCCGUGCAUAAUGGAUAUUGCGAAUCCCUGGCCAAUUUUCUCUGCUGCCGUCCGUUGGUACUAAUCAGUCGACUCUCCUACGCAUUAUAUCUUUGCCAAUUCAUCGUGUUUCUCACUGAGGCUGGCACCAUUCGGACUUCAAGCGAGUUUAGCUUAAUGUCUAUGAUUGAUCUUCACGAAAUAUCUCUAAUAAUGCUUUCAUCAACGUUAUUAACACUGACAUUUGUGAUACCGAUGCAAUCCUUGCACAAAGUCUUCAUUUUCUCAUCAAAUUCUGACAAAGACGAUAACAAAGAAGAAUCAGAAAAAAAACCAGAUGAGAAUCACACGGGGGCAGAUGCCGAAGCUACCAAAGAACAAGAAGAGGAAAUAGAUGUUCCACAAAUAAAAACAAGGCAGCUUCUCGUUGCUCAUAGAGAACUCUUAGAAGAAAUUCCUGAAGCUGAUAUUGAGUAUGAAGUUCAGAGAGAUAAACUUGAAGGUCUAGAAGAAAUUUUAGAAGAAGAAGAAGAAGAGGAAGGAGUGGAUGAUGAUUUCAGAGAGAAUCAUUUAGAUGAAGAAGAUUUGGAAGUGAUCGAGGAGGAACAGGGAGGCGAGGAUGAUUUCUGGGGAGACAGAGAUGAAGACUACGUUCCAAGAAGGGCAUAUCCCGUACGAGAUGAUGAUGAGGAUAUCGAUGAGUGGGAAUGGACCGCAAAUGGCAGUCAAAACGGAGCUCAACACUACCGAUAUACCAGAUAAUGUUAUCCGAUUAUAUAAAUUAAAUCUGACGUUUUCAUGAA